UUUAAGCACCCUUCUUUAAUUUAUACAUAUAAAUCAUUUAUGUAAAUUAAAUUAACGAAUUAAUAUGCAUUAGCUGUCUAUGAUUAUAGUCCAUGUGCAUUAAAUCACUGAAUUUCCCCCAAGGUAUUUCCCCAAGCUAGCCUAUAGAUGGCGCUGCAUUUUGUUAGUUAAACCACAUGGCCAAAUAUCAACCGCCAUUUUGUUCGCUAAGGAGACAGUGAUUUGUGAGAUGGUAUGUUGGGAGAGACGUCUACAGUUUCAGGAUGACUGCACCUCAGUAGAUGAAGAGAGGACUCCAGAAAAUUACGAGAGUGCAGUGGACCAGCUACAGACAAGACAAGAAGUGCAUGGAAUAAAAUUCAGAAAUGGCUGAAUCCCAGACCCAGAUGAUCAGAGGGACCAUUGCUGAUGAGUUCCCAGACUACUCAGAAGAGAUUCUAAAUUCUGUGAUGGACGCUCUGAAAGCAGGGGGCGUAAAGACAAUAUAUGACCUCCACUACAUCAAAGAAGAAGACUUGUCGUCCUCACUAGGUCCAGUGCAGGCAAGGAGACUUGCUACCUGGGCUUGCAGUAAGUUCGCCACACCAACUUUGACCCCUGCCUCAGUGUGUGCAUCUCCACCAUCAAGCCGGUUCUUGACACAUAUAGUGUCGUCUUCACCAUCAUCCCCUUCCUCUGUGUCUUCAUUGUCUCUUGUGUCCACCAGUCCAUCCUCUUCAAUCAAGUGGAUCGACAAGUUUGAUAUUCCCUGGGCUAAACUCCCUGAAGAGCUUAUGCAAUGUCUGGCAAGAGAAAAAAGGCCUUCUCCGAAACUUAGACGUGAAAUGGUCAGGAUUGUUGUAUCAGCAGUGAUGAAAAUUUGCAACAAUCCUACCAAGCAAAAUGCCACCGAGAUUGCUAAAAGGAUGGUGACUAGGUACCCCAAGUCUCUACAAGACGUGAUAGAGGGUGAUGUCGUUGGUUCGGGGUUUGAUUCGCUUGCCAAGCAGUUACAAGUCCGUGUGGAGAACACAAAAAGACAGAACACACCGAAGAUAAAAAGACGUAAGCAUGGAUCAGAUGAGGAUGACACAGACGAGAUUACAGCAGCCCAGCGAGCAACCGUCCAGGACACCUAUGGGUGCGUCAAGUGGGACCCAAAAUAUCUGCAAGUGUCUGAGACUUUGGAGAGUCAGAAAGUUAAAAAAGAAACAUUGAAAAAGAUGUAUGAGGAGAUGAAUUACAAUGCAGAGGAAGUCAAAAAGUUGGUUCUGGCAACUUACUUCUCCCAGCGAGGAGAGAUCAACAAGGGAGUGCCCAUUAAGACCCUUUGCCACGAGUGGCCCUUUUUGUUUAAAGAGGUUGGCAUGGCUGCACAUUAUGAAGAAUUGACUGGUCUAAGUCUCAUCGGCACCUUUAUGGGAAAUGUUGAAAGAAAGGGCAAACGUCUGUUGGAAUUCCUCAAACGUGUCGCUGCACCGAAAAACAAAAAAGUCCAGGAUGCCCUGAUCAAAUGCCAGGCAGAGAAAGGACCAUCAGGCAGUUCCACAGAGAUCAUGGAGAUGGUCAUACUUCUGAUGACUAACUUUGGUGAGAAGGAUGAGAACCUGUUCCAUUUCAGUGAGGAUACGGCUCUGGCCCAAGAGAUUCAGCUGGAGAAGUUGCCACCAAAUCCCUGUAUCGUUGUUUGUGGGUCCUCAUGUUUUGCUGCCCGGACAUUCAUGUUGAGCAUAGACCAAGAGAUUGUAAAUGACCAUGUCACUUCCUACAUGGCUGCUCUCUGCCUGAUGUUUGGGAGUUAUUAUUGUUUCAACAUUCACUACCCUGUGGAACUCCGCUCAACGCUUGAAUUUCUUCAAAGGUGUUUCUUCUCAAUAAACCCCGAAAGAGGCACAAAAGUUGAGUGGAAGAAAAACAAGAAAGUGCUCCCAGUGAAUCCCAGAGUCCUCACAUUUAUUGCAGAAGUUGCAGACUAUGAAUGGAGAUAGACCACUGACAUUGACCCUCAAAGGAAAUAGAGCAUUUCAACUGGUAACAGUGUGGUGUAGCAUACUGCAUGUUUGCAGUGUUGUCUUGUUUUUGUUUUUCUCAUUAGAGGUGGACAAACCAAAUGUGUAUCCCUUGUACCUUACAGUUAUCUUCGAAACGUGUCAGGUUUUACACAAUUUUUGUAAGCUUUUACAAUUUUGAUUUUGUAAUGAAAAUACCUUUAAAACAAAAAUGUAUUUCAUUUUUGUCCACCCACGGCUGAAUCUACCAAAUGGAAUUAUGUUUGUUGAGUGAAAGUUACAACACAUGUUCAGCUUUACUGAGUUAUGUAAAGGAAUGUAAGGAAUUCAUCAGCCUUUGUUUUUUAUUAUAUUGGUUUUAUUGGUAAAACGAUUUAAGAGGACUUGAUGGUUCUAGGAAUUUCUGGAUAAGUUUAUCAUCAUCCUCACCCUUAAUUGGUACAUCCCUGCAAUUAUCAAGGAAAUUGUCAGCAAUGUUUAGAAAACUUGGUUGAUGCAGUUUUCUCAUAGUUUGAUCUUUCAAAAUGAAGGACCAAACCUUUGCUUAACAGAAAUGAAAAUAAAGGUCUUUAUUUCCAGAUAU